AUUUACUUACAACCAUUGAUGAAAAGUAGAUAAUCCAAAAAGAAUAAUUUCAUAACGUUAAAUUACGAUAUUAAUAACUAUAGAGCAGUUGAUUUUAUUGUUCGUGUUUUAUUUAUAUACGUAUUCACAUCUUCCCUGUUGAGUUUGAUGGGUGCUGCCAAGUCAUUUGGCUAUUAUAUCAACAGAUAUUGUUUGAUUGUCUCAUUUCCAACAAUUACAGCAAGUUCUAUUUAUUUUGAUCUAAGGCGUACUCGACAGUGGAAAAAAGAACAAUUACUUGAGCAUCAACAAAAUAAUUAGGAAGUAAACUAAUCAACAUGAUAACAUUUAAAUAUCUAUUAAAUACUUAUUUUCCAUUUGCUCUUCCUAUAACUGGAUUUUUAAUUGGAAGUUAUUUAGACCAUCAAGAAAAUUUAAGAUUAACUAAAUUCAGAGAUAAAUCUGCUUUAUAUGGAAGAGAAGUAGCAUCUGGACAACCACAUUCAUGGCCAUAAUUGAAUUACAAAAUAAAUACAUUUAAUAAAAAUAUGUAUUAAAAUAAAAACCUAUUAAACUAUGUAGACAACUUAAAAUAUAGAUUUAAAUUAAAAUCUA